AUGGAACUCAACGAUUCAACUAGCGACGAACUCAGAGACGCCAGGCCCGCCGCCGCCGAGCCCACUCGCUCCGUGCUCGGCAUCGAUCUCAAUGAGAUCCCUUCCCCGUCCGAAACCCUACCCGAUUCUUACGACGUCGUACGCUCUUAUCACGACCACCCUUCUCCGCCGCCCGGCGGUCCUGCCGGUGUUCCCGGCUCGGCUCGCGGCUCCGCUUGCCCUUUCUGCGGCAAGCCCGAGGUUCGCGGCCACGUGGUCGUCUGCGACGGCUGCGAGCGCGGUUUUCACCUCACCUGCGCCGGAAUGCGCGGCCGCCAAGCCGUGAAUUUGGAGGAAUGGGUCUGUGAGGAGUGUACGGGCACUGGGGUUAGGAGCAAGCGCUGGCCGCUUGGAGUUAAGUCCAAGCAGAUUCUGGAUAUCAACGCUUCGCCGCCGAGCGACGUCGACGACAUUGAGGAGUUGCGCGAUUUGAGAAAGCACACUCCCGGUGGUAAUUCUUUUGGUGGCAAUCCAUUUGGUGCCCCAGUGACAUAUUCAAACUUCUUGUACCCUGGAAACGGAUUUGGCUCGGAAAAAGCUUCUGCAGUAAUGACACAUACGGUUAAAGUGGGAUUUGAAGAUAUAUUGCAACAUACACAGACAAUGGGUGGAAGCUUUGAGGAAGUAGAUUUGAGGUUCCCUCUUGGAAAGCAUAGGAGUAGUAAUAAUGCGUCUAUUAGAAUACCAUCCCGGAGUCCUAGUGAGAUAUUUUUACAGGCUCUCAAAGAUUUUGUUUCUGAGAGGCAUGGUGUACUAGAGGAAGGUUGGCAUGUAGAAUUUAAAGAGUCAGUAGGCAAUUGUGAACCAUAUUUAGUGUACCGUGCUCCAAAUGGGAAGACAUUUGAUUCAGUAUAUGAAGUUGCGUAUUAUCUUGGCUUGAUGCCUAACUGCAAUUCUGUGGGAUCUGAAAUAAGAAGGGAGGGGUCUCUGUCUAAUACAGAAAAGACCUAUCUACCUAGAAAAAGAAAGUCAAGACUUUUAUACACCAAUGGAUUGGCUGAAAAUAAGGAGCUAUCUUCCAAUGGUCUAAGUAUGGAAGCUUCUGCCUGUGGUUUGGGGAAUAAUGUAAAACUGACAGAAGUUGGUGCAGAAGAAAAUGGUUGCAUUGGCUCUCAGCAAAACAAUGAGGGACUUCCGGUGCAGUUUGAAGAUUUCUUUGUUCUUUCUUUGGGUGAAGUUGAUACAAGGCCUUCUUAUCAUGAUUCUAACCUGAUCUCCCCUGUAGGCUAUAGAUCGUGUUGGCAUGAUAAGAUUACUGGUUCAUUAUUCGUGUGUGAAGUUUUGGACGGUGGUGAUUCUGGACCUCUUUUUCGGAUCAGAAGGUGUUCAUGCUCUGCAUUGCCAAUUCCUAAUGGUUCAACUAUCCUCUCUAGGCCACAACUUGGUAACUUUUGUAGUCACAUUGAUCAGGAAAGUCGUGACCCUACUUGUGAUAAUGAUGGAAGCAUACAUAUGAUUCUAUCAGAUCCUUCUCCGCUUAUGGAAAAUGAUAUUUUGUCUUGCCUGAGGAGUUGGUCGGAGGAAGCCAGUGAUGUCCAGACAUCAGCUGAAUUGCAGUUUGAAGAUAAUUCUGGUUGUGGAAAACCUGGAACUCUUUCAUCUGCUGAUUUGGGUACAAGGGAUGACAUUGGUGAGAUUUCAAUAGAAGACCAUUCUUCGUCUGCAGCUUGGGGAAUGAUUUCACAAAAAAUUGUUAAUGCUUGUUCUGAAAUAUUUAAACAGAAAGGCAUUUUUAAAUUUGUCUGUAAGCAUGUUGAAAAUGCCCAGGCCUUCCAAAAUGGGGUUAUAAGAAACGAGGAUGACAAAGUGAACCAUACUCCAUUGGACAAGUUUUGUAGCUCACCAGUUUCUGUUAGCAUCCCGUCUGUAAUUCAGGCGGACGACGAACCUGGCUCGUUUUACGACAUAUUAGCGAAAUGGCUGGACCAGGAUAGAUUUGGAUUAGAUGUCGAUUUUGUGCAAGAACUUUUGGAGCAGCUUCCUGGUGCCCAAUCCUGUUCUCAAUAUCAAUAUCUUAGCGAUAGAGGUUUUAAUUCUACUCAGCUAACUGUGGGAAAUGGGCUUCUAGUGGUUGAAAUGAGAGCUGGAUUGCAUGGUAAAGAAGAAGAAGUGUUAGACAAUUUGUUUAGGAGGUCCAAAAAAGCGAAGUUGGUCAAGGAUCAUCCACCUCCUCUUGGGAAGCCAUUGUGCUUGAGGUUUCCUCCUGCCCUUGUUGGUGACGUUUAUCAGGUUUGGGAACUAUUGUCACACUUUGAUGAAAUUUUGGGUCUAAAGGAGGCGUUCUCUUUGGAAGAACUUGAGGAGGAACUAGUUAACCCUUGGUUCGGUAGCUCAGAUCGUACAGAGAAGUUUGAGAGGCAAAUCCAAGGCUCUCAAGCUUUAAAUUCACAUAGAAUUGAUUAUACUAGUGGACAAUUAUCUUCUAGCUCCGAGUCUGGCUUGGCCUUAGCUGGGAAUAAUCCACAUGCGUUCAUACACAUGGAAACUGGAGCGAUGAAGGAGGCAGCUCAAGCUAAGCUUGCAUCUGUUACUUACAGCAGAUGUUCUGGCAUAGCUUUGACAAAAGCUCAUGCAUCACUGCUAAGAGUGCUCAUAGGUGAGUUGCAGUCCAAGGUUGCUGCCCUGGUGGAUCCAAAUUUUGAUUCUGGAGAUGUGAAGUCAAAGCGGGGAAGGAAGAAAGAUGUUGAUAGUUCAAUUCCAGUGAAAAGAACGAAGCUUAAUAUACUCCCGAUUAAUGAACUGACUUGGCCAGAGUUAGCACGGAGAUACGUCUUGGCUGUUUUAGCCAUGGAUGGUAACCUUGAAUCUGCUGAGAUUACCGCUCGCGAAAGCAGUAAAGUGUUUCGCUGCUUACAAGGUGAUGGUGGGGUGCUCUGUGGCUCUUUAACUGGAGUAGCUGGGAUGGAAGCGGAUGCACUUUUGCUUGCAGAGUCUACAAAGCAAAUUUUUGCUUCAUUUAACAGAGAAAAUGACGUACUUACAAUAGAAGAGGAGGUGUCUGAUGGUGGAGCAGGUGCUAAUGAGAAGAAUUUGGGGAAUGGUAGUAAUACACCAGUAUGGGCACAGGUGCUGGAACCUGUUAGAAAGCUACCAACUAAUGUGGGAACAAGAAUCAGAAAAUGUGUUUAUGAGGCUUUGGAUAAGGAUCCACCUGAAUGGGCAAGGAAAAUACUGGAACAUUCAAUCAGUAAGGAAGUUUAUAAGGGCAAUGCAUCAGGACCUACAAAGAAAGCUGUUCUUUCAGUGCUAGCAGAUGUAUCGGGUGAAGGCUUGCUACAAAAGGCUGAGAAGGGAAGAAAGCGGAAGAUUAAUAUAUCUAUUUCUGAUGUUAUUAUGAAACAAUGUCGCAUUGUAUUGCGUCGUGCUGCUGCUGCAGAUGACACAAAGGUUUUCUGCAAUUUGCUGGGAAGAAAGCUGAUAAAUUCAAGUGAUAACGAUGAUGAGGGGCUUCUUGGAUCACCGGCCAUGGUAUCUCGGCCUUUGGACUUCAGGACUAUUGAUUUGAGAUUGGCAGCUGGAUCCUAUGGGGGAUCACAUGAAGCUUUUCUUGAGGAUGUCCGUGAGCUAUGGAGUAAUCUACGAAUUGCUUAUGGGGAUCAGCCUGAUUUGGUUGAGUUGGCUGAGACGUUAGCCCAAACUUUUGAAACAUUAUAUGAGAAGGAGGUUAUUACGCUUGUUCAUAAGCUUGCAGAGACUGCGAAGUUGGAAUGCUUAAGUGCUGAAAGGAAAAAGGAAAUCGAUGAUUUACUUGCUUCCACAAGUGGGAUUCCCAAAGCCCCUUGGGAUGAUGGAGUGUGCAAAGUAUGUGGCAUUGAUAAAGAUGACGACAGCGUACUGUUGUGUGAUACUUGUGAUGCUGAGUAUCAUACUUACUGUUUAAAUCCUCCUCUUGCAAGGAUCCCAGAAGGAAACUGGUAUUGUCCCUCGUGUGUUGUUUCUAAACAAAUGGUUCAAGAUGCAUCAGAACAUCAUCAGGUCAUUAGAAAACGCCGUCGUAAAAAUUACCAGGGAGAAGUUACCCGCACUUACUUGGAGGCACUUGCACUUCUAGCCGCGAAAAUGGAAGAAAAUGAGUAUUGGGAAUUCAAUGUGGAUGAGAGAACAUUCCUGCUUAAGUUCUUAUGUGAUGAGUUGCUUAAUUCAGCUGUUAUUCGUCAACACCUUGAGCAUUGUUCUGAGACAUUGGCAGAGUUGCAGCAGAAAUUGCGGUCUUUAUCUGCAGAAUGGAAGAAUCUCAAGUCAAAAGAAGAGAUCUUGAUUGCAAAAGCUGCCAAGGUUGAUCCAAGUCUCGAAGAAGACGGUGUAAAGGAAGGGCUUUCUACUUCGGUUGAAAACCAUGAAAAAAUUGUUCUUCAGGCACAUGCUUUGAGUGGCAGGUCUAACUCCUUUAAUGUAGUCUCCGAUGAUCUACCAGCACUAGAGGGUGCUCGAGGGUUAGAUAAACACCCAUCUGCCAGUAAUGCAGAAUAUAGUAGCCAACAUUCUGUAGAUACUGAAGCUAGGGCAAAAGAUGUCCAUGCUGCUGUGCAUGACACCAGUACACCAGGGAAUGUUUCUUCAAAUGCGGCUUCUGAGAAAAGUGACAUAUCCUCGAGACUAAUUGAGUUCCCUUCAUCAAAUUCUUUGCCACAUGAAAUCAAUGGCUCUAUUGGAAAAAUAGGUUGCCUUGGUCAUCCACAAGACAAUAUGGAAAUGGAUGUAUCUCUGCCUUUAGAUCAGCAAGGAGUUUGUAUCCCUUCAGAUGUGAGGAGUAAUCAUGUGGGUCAGCACACGUCACCUGCUUCUGUGAAUGAAUCACAAUCCUACCACCUUGAGUUGAAUUCUGUCAAAAGUGACUUAUCACUUUUACAGGAUUCAAUUACCAGUGUAGACUUUGAGCUUUCAAAGCUGUCCGUACGAAGGGAGUUUCUGGGAAUUGAUUCUCUGGGUGGCUUAUACUGGGCUUCAGGACAUUCUCGGAUUGUUGUAGAUCGAACCGUGUCAGUGCAGGAUGGGAUGAAUAUGACAGAUGGCAGAGACCCCGUAUGGAGGGGUUCUGUUAUGCAAAGUUGUGCUUCAACUGGUGUGGAUAGUUCUUUGCCGUUAGAGGGGUCUAAAGCUGGCUGUCCGUAUUUAUUUGAACCAAACAGUGCUGUUGCUUUUAGUGCACCUUGGGUUUCUUAUCAAACUGAUGCAGAAAUUGAUGAACUUAUAGGUUGGUUGAAGGAUAAACACCCCAAGGAAAGAGAGCUGAAAGAGUCGAUAUUGCAGUGGAAAAAGUCAAGGUUCCAAAAGUUUCAGAAAUCUAGAAGCCAAAGUCAGGAUGAGCUCCUAACUGCUAUUUCAGUGGCUAGAAAUGGUGAAAAAACCGAAUCUGAUUGUCUUGUUACUAGGGCAGCCACUUUGCUGGAGAAGAUGUACGGUCCAUGCUCAGAGUUGGAAAACACUGACAUCUCAAAAAAGCGGGGUAAGAGGGCUAGACUAACCAAUGAUGAGAGAAUGUACAGGUGCGAAUGUUUGGAACCCAUUUGGCCCAAUAGACAUCAUUGCCUCUCUUGCCACAGAACCUUCGUCACUGAUGCUGAACUGGAGGGGCAUAAUGAUGGUAGGUGUGUUCCAUUUUCAGCAGCCUGUGAGAAGGGAAAGGAAAUAAGUGAUUCUUCUAAAGUUAAGGGAAGUUUAAAGUGUGAGAUAAAUCGGGAAGAGUGCAGAGGUGAACUAAACAGUGUUGAAACUUCCAAAAGCAUGCAUUCUGAGCUUAGUGCGAAGUUGAUAAAGUUUCAGAAUGGAGGGUUAGUCUGCCCAUAUGACUUUGAAGAGAUCUGUUCCAAGUUUGUGACAAAUGAUUCAAACAAGGAUUUGAUACAGGAAAUAGGUCUUAUAGGUUCACAGGGAGUUCCAUCUUUUGUCCCAUCCUUAUCUCCUUAUCUCAGUGAUUCUACACUGGAGUUAGUCACUCAGAAAGAUGUCGGUGUGCACAGUAAUGGACCAGAGGCUGCUGAACAGCUAGUUUUACAAGGAAAGACUAAUGUUGAUAUUGCAGGCUGUAGCAGUCUAUCUGGGAAAGGUGGUGGGUUGCUAAAUGCCAACAUCCCAACUUUGGGAUGUCUGGAAAAAGGAGAGAAGAGACCCUCAGGUAGUCAUUCUUCUGUUGUGGGUGCUGGUCGCUUCUGUGUGGUCCCCCAGUCUUCUUUGAGGCCCUUAGUUGGCAAAGUUUGUCAGAUCUCUAGGCGACUCAAGAUCAAUCUACUAGAUAUAGAUGCAGCACUCCCUGAAGAAGCUCUUAGACCAUCAAAGUCACACUUGGAAAGGAGAUGGGCCUGGCGUACGUUUGUUAAAGCAGCAGUGACAAUAUAUGAAAUGGUUCAAGCGACAAUUGUGCUGGAGGACAUGAUAAAGACUGAGUACCUAAGGAAUGAGUGGUGGUAUUGGUCAUCAUUCUCAGCUGCUGCUAAAAUUUCUACGUUGUCUGCCCUUGCCCUGCGUAUAUACUCCCUUGAUGCUGCUAUCAUGUAUGAGAAGAUGUUUCCUAGUUCAGAUCCAGCGGACAAGUUGGAGCCCAGCAGCGUUCUUGACCUGAAGCUGCUUCCUAUUUUGGAUUCAACAGAAAGAACUAAGUUAAGUAGGAAAUCUAACAAGAAAAGGAAGGAACCAGAGGGUUGA